AUCCUUCGCACUUGAGAGUCCGACUUUGCAGGAGAAACUACGGGCAGAGUCAGUCGGGGCAAAGAAGAAAUGCGUCGUCUCGUUCUUAGCAACCCUUUCGUGGCGGUUGUUGCACCGAUCCUUCUCGGUGUGCUGGCGCACAAGCUUCUGAGUAAGAGGAGAGCAAGUGCGCAAAGAGACGCGGAUGAUCAGCAUCCUGGUACGCCUAGUCCUCCGAUCCAGCAAGGUGAAAAUGACUACGACGUGUUCUUAAGCUUUCGAGGCAAAGAUACUAGAGAGCACUUUGUCGACCACCUCUACUGUGGCCUCUUCAAUGCCGGGAUCUGUGUCUUUAGGGACGAUGCUGAGCUCCUCAAAGGCGAGGAUUUGAGCUCAAAUCUUCAGGAAGCCCUUGAGAACAGUAAGAUUUUAAUCCCGAUUAUCUCUGAGAAUUAUGCUUGUAGUAAAUGGUGCCUUGAUGAACUGGUUCGCGUGAUGGAGUGUCGAAAACACUUGGGGCGGUUAGUGUUACCCAUAUUCUACAAAGUGGAACCUGCAGAAGUGCAAUAUCAAACGGGUCGUUUUGGACAGGCAUUUCAUCGUUCUCAUGGGCGUUUAGCCCAAAAGGUGGUUGUGCACAAAUGGAAGCAAGCUCUCGGAGAAGUCAGUUCCUUACGAGGAUGGGAAGUUGCUAAUGGGAGUGAAGGAGAAUUGGUAGAAUUGGUUGUGCACAAAAUUUUGAAAGAGUUGAAGAAAGCGGUGGAGUUGGUUGUUAGUGAUUAUCUGGUUGGCAUUGACAGUUCUGUGGAGGAGGUUAUGGAAUUGGUAAAUAGGAAUGCUAGUGCUACCUUGUGUGUGGGAAUUUAUGGAAUUGAGGGCAUUGGUAAGACUACUCUUGCUAAAGUCAUAUACAACAAGUUGUCUGAUCUAUUUGUGCAUCGUAGCUUCAUUGCAAACAUCAGGGAAUCAUGUGAAUGUGAUGGUAUUAAUUACUUGCAAAAUCAAUUAAUCUUUGAUAUGCAAAAAGAAAAAAAUCAAUUUUGUAAUAACGACGAAGGAAUCGAGUGCAUCUUGUCUAGGUUUAAAGAUGAGAAAGUUCUCAUUAUUCUUGAUGAUGUGGAUACCACUAAUCAGUUAGAGGCUUUGGCUGGAAAUCCUUACUGGUUUGGCUCAGGAAGUAGGAUCUUUGUUACCACUAGAAAUGAGAGUGUUCUUGAUAGAGUGAACAUCAAGUACAAGCGUGAGCAAAUGCAUGAGGAGCAAUCUCUUGUCCUAUUUUCUAGACAUGCAUUUCGAAGAGACCAUCCUCCAUAUGAAUUUUUAGCUCUCUCUCGUCUUGUGGUAUCUACAACGAAAGGGAUUCCCUUGGCUGUCAAGUUUGUAGGUUCAUUUUUGUGUGAAAAACCAUCACGAAUAUGGAGAGAAACAAUACAAAGAUGCAAAAUAUGCCUCAUAUGGCAGUGCAAGAAAAGUUCAGGAUAAUUUGUGAAGAAAUGGGGGAGGAUCGAAAAAACGCGGAAGAUGCAUCUUCUGCUGCUACGCCUUGUCCUUCCAUCCUGCCAAACGAAAGUGAAAACAAUUACGAAGUGUUCUUGAGUUUUAGAGGUGUAGAUACUCAAAGAGUCUUCAGCGACUACCUCUACUGCAGCCUCGUCGAUGUUGGAAUUCGUGUCUUCAGGGACGACGAUGAGCUCCGCGGGGGCGAGAGUUUGAGCGAAGAUCUUCAGCGAGCCAUUAGGAACAGCAAUAUUUUGAUCCCAAUUAUCUCUGUGAAUUAUGCUUCUAGCAAAUGGUGCCUUGAUGAACUUGUUGAAAUGAUGAAGUGCAAGAAUUGCUCAAGGCUCAUAGUGUUGCCUAUAUUGUACAAAGUGGAACCUGCGGAUGUGCGAGAUCAAAAGGGUCAAUUUGGAGAGGCAUUUCAUUAUUCUGGUAGGCGUUUCGAUCAAAAGUCUACAAAGGAAUGGAAGCAAGCACUGAUAGAAGUCAGUUCCUUACAAGGAUGGCAAUUUCCUAAUGGGUAUGAAGGAGAAUUGGUAAAAUCAGUUGUGCAAGAUGUUUUGAACGAGUUGAAGAAAGUGGUGGAGUUGAAUUUUUCUAAGAAUUUGGUUGGAAUUGAUAGUCAUGUGGAGGAGGUUAUGAAAUUAAUAAAUAAUAGUUCUAGUGCUACCUUAUGUGUGGGAAUUUAUGGAAUGGAGGGCAUCGGUAAGACGACUCUUGCUAAAGUCAUCUACAACAAGCUAUUGAAUCAAUUUGAGCAUUGUAGCUUCGUUGCAGACAUUAGGGAAUCAUGCAAUCGCAAUGGUAUUAGUUACUUGCAAAAUCAAUUAAUCUAUGAUAUAUUGCGAAGAAAUAUUCGAUUGCAUAACACAAAUCAUGGAAUCCGCAUCAUCUCAUCUGAGCUUAAAGAUAAGAAAGUCCUCAUUAUUUUAGAUGAUGUGGAUACCACUGAUCAAUUAGCGCCUUUGACUGGAAAUCCUAAUUGGUUUGCACCAGGAAGUAGGAUCUUUGUUACCACUAGAGAUAAGAGUGUUCUUAAUAGGGCUAAAGUGGACAUCAAGUACGAGCUUAAGGAAAUGGAGAAAGAGAAAUCUCUAAUCCUAUUUUCUAGACAUGCAUUUCGAAGUGACUCUCCUCCUAGAGAGUUUUCAGCUCUCUCUCGUCUUGUGGUAUCUAUAAUGGGAGGGCUUCCCUUAGCUCUCAAGGUUAUAGGUUUAUUUUUGUGCGGAAAACCAGAAAAACUAUGGGAAGAAACGAUAGAUAAGAUGUACAAAAUGCCUCAAAAGGAAGUGCUAGAAAAGUUGAUGAUAAGUUAUGAAGGAUUGGGGAAGGAUCAAAGGCAAAUGUUCCUGGAUAUCGCUUGUUUUCUAAUUGGGAGUGAUGCAAGAGUUGCGUACUACAUGUGGGAUGCCUGUGGCUUUUCUGUGGAGGAAGGAAUUGAAGUACUGAGAUUUCUGUCGUUCAUAAGUAUUGGGAAUAAUCAUGAGCUCAUAAUGCAUGAUCAAAUGAGAAUUCUUGGUAGGGAAAUUGUGCGUGCAGAAAACUACCACAAACCUCACGAACGUAGUAGAUUGUGGGAUUACGAGGAAGCCUUGGAAGUGCUAAAGAGCAAAAAGGGAACUGGAAGGAUUCAAGCCAUUUGUCUAGAGCAAGGCAACUCUAAUUAUAUAAUUCAUCGAGCGAGCCGCACAUUUACAGAUGAACCAUUUAGAAACUUAUUAAACUUGAGGUUUCUUCACAUGAGUGCUGUGAAUCUUGUUGGAGAUUUUAGUAAAUUAUUUUCUCAUUUAAGAUGGCUCAAAUGGGGGAAUUGUCCCUCAAAUUUUGAAGCAAGCAACUUCCAUGCGGGGGAAUUAGUCAUACUCGAUUUGUCAGGAAGCCCGAUUUCAGAUGUCUGGCAAGGAUGGCAUUCAAUGAUGAAGGCAAAAAAGCUGAAAGUUCUCAACCUCACAAGUUGCCAUUCCUUAAAAAGGACUCCUUACCUCUCAUCUUUUAAAAGAUUGGAGAUUUUGAUCCUCAGAGAUUGUCGCAACUUAGAGCAAAUUGAUAAUUGUAUUGGAAACAUGGAGAAUCUCAUUUCCCUCGACUUGAGUGGAUGUUCUAGUCUUAAGGAGCUCCCACUUCAAAUGGCUAAACUAGGACAAUUGAAGGAACUUCUUCUAGAUGAAACAGCGAUGCAAGAAAUACCUUCCUUCAUCAGUUAUCUAAAGAAACUAGAGACACUUAGUGCCAAGGACUGCAAAUCAUUGAUUGGGUUUCCGGACUCAAUAGGCAAUUUGGUGAAUUUGUCAACCCUUGUCUUAUCAGGUUGUGUUGAGCUUGCAACACUUCCACAUAGCAUUGGGUCCCUUGAGAAUUUGCGGUGCUUGUCAUUGGGAAGCUGCCAACAAUUGAGAGAUUCCUAGUUGGAUUGGCAAUUUGAAAUUGUUGACUCAACUGGACUUGAGUGGAUGUUCACGUAUUCAGCAGCUACCGCCUCAAAUUGGUGAACUAAAACAAUUGGAAGAACUUCUUCUAGAUGAAAUUGCGAUACAAGAAAUUCCUUCCUUCAUCAAUUCUCU